AUGAAUGCAGCAGAUGACAUGGCGCGGUUGCGCGCAGUGCUAGGAGCGAGCGACAAGCAGACUCAGGGCUUCCUCCAGCCGCUGCUUCCUCUGCACGGUGUGCAGGAGCUGCUACUCACGUUCGUGCGGGACACAUCACGUUCGUUCGAGGACUGGGUCUGGGACCCACAAGUGCGACAAACACUCUUACAUAUGCGGGACGCUGAGCCGCAUUCGCACGCGCAGGGUAAAGACCUGGACCAGUGGUAUUCUCGUGCAGCAGAAGAGCGUCUUGCAGCCAUGACGCUGCAGAAUCUGGACGAUGUGACGCCUCCUGAGUUUCUGGAGGAGGCGGACAGAGCGCAAAGCGAUGGCAAGUCGAAAUUCAAGGAAAAGAACUAUUAUGCGGCAAAGAACGCCUUCUUAAAGAGCCUGGAGGCCGUGCUAAAGCACCAGCAGAGUGAAUACUACGGCAAAACUGUCCCUGCGGCGGAGUGGGACGAUCUAGACAUGCAAGAAAGAUACGUGACGCUGUGCAAUAACGUCGCGAUCUGUGGCAUCAAAAUGAAGGAUCGAUCGCUAAUCAACGAGUACGCAGCCAAGGCACUGGCGGUAGAGGAGACGUCCACCAAGGCGCUGUACGCGAUGGUCAAGCUGCGGCUCAUGGAGCGUCGCUUUAACGAAGCGAACGAGGUCGUUGAUAGGGCGUUGGGGUUUUACCCGGACAAGGCGCAGUUUUUGAACUUCCGCAAGGAGAUUGAGGCAGCCGAACGCAAGCAGGUGAUGGAGCAGGCAGAGCUAUCUGAGAUCAGAGCGGAGCAACUGCAAGCUGCGAUGGCUGCAGAGGCGGCAGGUUUAGCGUCAGGCCGCCCUCCAUUGUCGCAGGAAGAACGUGAGCAACAACUGCAAGACGCGGUACAGAAGAGAAUCGACAAUACUCCGCUGCCGACUAGAGAAGACGACACGUUUGCUGCUGCGAGACUGAACGUCUACUUUAUGAAGAUCAAACAAAGAAUGAUGGUCGACAUUCAUUCUUGUCACAACUCUGACAUGGGUGAAGAGCCUCUAUUUGAGUGCACUAUUGUGAACGCUGCUACGGGCAAAGUGCUUGCAAAUAAUGUGCAAGGCACUGCCAAGAAAAUUGUGAAGAACGAGGCGUGUAAAAUCGCCAUUGAGAAGCUCUGGCACGACAAGGAAGUAGCUGGCAAAUUGACACCUGAAGACGUGGCAUAUCUGGAGCGAUUCAAGAAAACGCCUCGACAGAUCGUCGACGAUGGACCUCAGUUGCCUGUACGCGUGAGUUGGCUAGAGCGACAACUCGAACCGCUGCCUUUACUGAACCAACUUACUCAGCGUAGGAGUCUUCAAGCUCGUUUUGAUAUUGAAGACGUGUCACCUAACAAAGAAGUCACCGAGUUCAAGUGCACGGGCUUUCUGAAUGGCGAACUGAUCACCUCAGCCAACGCUAUCAGCAAGAAGAAAGCCAAAGUGGAAGUCUCCAAGCAAUUGCUUGCUGCUGCAUUCGAGAAGAACUUGCUGCUCGUUUAUGACGGACCUGCAGAGGACGAUGAGCGAGACAGCAACGAGGCGCCAGCUCACAGGAAAUGA